UACUAACAGGCUCCAGGUGGCAGAGUCCCAUAGCUGGGCUGGAGGGAGCCGACCAGGAGUAGCUGCUGUUGUGUAAUCACAUCCACGUGUUAGUAUCUGUUGCCAAAUACUGAAGAGAGAAGUCGGUUCCAGCUGAUCACCAUAAAAGUUUUCCCAACACUGGGGUUGGCAGACGGCAGAAGCAGGGCGACUGGUGUUUGGAAAGGACUUGAAGCAUCCGCCCUGGGGAGGCGAGGCUCUUUGAUGUGUGUUUUCCUAUUGCUGUGCACAGGCAGUUUGUUUGCUGUUUGGUGAGGCUCAACAGUAGCUGGACAGUGGACUUCGUUGGAAAACGAUCGUGUUCUGCAAUGAGACUUGGUUUCUUUUGUCAGUGAUCUGCACAGAGGGAAGGCAGUGGGCCUGGCCUGCCCGCGGAGCCACGUUGCUGCUUCUGCUCAGUGUCAGCUCAUCCUGAGGUGCCUGAGGGAGUGAGAGAUGCCUGUAGUCCGCAAGUGGCCUGCCCUGCUGCUUUUGCUGGCUUCCACCUGCUCCCUGGGGUCGCCGUGUGGCCUUUCAACACACGUAGAAAUUGGACACCGAGCUCUGGAGUUUGUCCACCUUCCAGAAGGGCACAUUAACUACAAAGAGCUGCUGCUCGAACACCGGGACGCAUAUCAGGCUGGAACUGUGUUUCCCGACUGUUUCUACCCCAGUAUCUGCAAAGGAGGAAAGUUCCAUGAUGUGUCGGAGAGCACUCACUGGACGCCAUUCCUCAAUGCAAGCAUUCAUUACAUCCAUGAGAACUAUCCCUUACCCUGGGACAAGGACACGGAGAAGUUGGUGGCUUUCUUAUUUGGAAUCACCUCCCACAUGGUGGCAGAUGUUAGCUGGCAUAGCCUGGGUAUCGAACAAGGAUUCCUGAGGACAAUGGGAGAUAUUGAUUUUCACGGCUCCUACCCUGAGGCUCAUUCGGCUGGCGAUUUUGGUGGAGAUGUGGUGAGCCAGUUUGAGUUUAAUUUUAAUUACCUGGCACGACGCUGGUAUGUUCCCAUCAAAGACCUGCUAGGAAUUUAUGAGAAACUCUAUGGGAAAGAAGUCAUCACCGAGAAAGUGAUUGUGGACUGCUCAUACCUCCAGUUCUGGGAAAUGUACGGUGAAGCAUUAGCUGUUUCCAAGCUUUAUUCUACUUUUGCCACAAAGUCCCCUUUUCUGGUGGAACAAUUUCAAGAAUAUUUCCUUGGAGGGCUGGAUGACAUGGCGUUUUGGUCCACUAAUAUUUACCGUCUAACAAGCUAUAUGUUGGAGAAUGGGACCAGUGACUGCUUCCUACCCGAGAAUCCUCUGUUUAUUGCAUGUGGAGGCCAGCAAAACAAUACCUUCAGCUCAAAACCACCAAAAAAUAGUUUUCACAGGAACUUGACUGCAUCCACAACUAAGGAUAUUAGAAGGAAUGUCAACUACACUGAAAGAGGAGUAGUUUUCACUGUGGAAUCCUGGACUCCGGAUUCUGUAUCCUUCAUGUACCAGUCUUUGGAGAAGAACAUUCGGACCAUGUUCAUAGGUAGCUCCCAGGAGCCCCUGAAGCACGUCUCUAGUCCCACAGCAUCGUACUUUGUGUCAUCGCCCUAUGCAAGGCUUGGUUGGACAAUGGUCUCUGCUGACCUCAACCAGGAUGGGUAUGGUGACCUCAUAGUGGGGGCUCCAGGCUACAGUCGCACCGGUCACAUCCAGGUCGGGCGUGUGUACGUCCUCCAUGGCAACAACCUGGGCCUGCCCCCCAUCGACCUGGAUCUGGACAGGGAGGCCCAUGUGACCCUGGAGGGCUUCCAGCCUGCAGGUCGCUUUGGCUCCGCCUUGGCCGUGUUAGACUUCAACAAGGAUGGAGUGCUUGACCUGGCUGUGGGUGCUCCCUCAGUGGGCUCUGAGCAGCUCACAUACAAAGGCGCAGUGUACGUCUUCUUUGGUGCCGAACAAGGAAAGCUGUCCUCCUCGCCUAACAUCACAGUCUCUUGUCAGGAUGUCUACUGUAAUUUGGGCUGGACACUCCUGGCUGCAGACGUGAAUGGAGACAGUGAGCAGGACCUCGUGAUGGGCUCUCCUUUUGCACCAGCUGGAGGGAAGCAGAGGGGGAUUGUGGCUGCGUUUUAUUCUGGCUCCAGUCAGAGUGACAAAGGAGAGCUGGACGUGGGGGCCGCUGACUGGACGGUGAGAGGGCAGGAGGACUUUGCCUGGUUUGGAUACUCCCUGCACGGUGUCCAGGUGAACAACAGGACCUUGCUGCUGGUUGGCAGCCCAACCUGGAAGAACAAUAGGCCGAGCUACUUGUCCCGCAGACACAAGAGAACUCAGAGCCUGGGAAGAGUGUAUGGCUAUUUCCCACCCAGUUGCCAAAGCGCGUUUACUAUCUCUGGAGAUAAGGCAAUGGGGAAGCUGGGCACAUCCUUGUCGAGUGGUGGAGUGCUCAUCAAUGAGACACUAACCCAAGUGCUGCUGGUCGGGGCUCCAACCCAUGAUGAUGUGUCUAAGAUGGCAUUCCUGACCAUGACCUUGCACCAAGGUGGGAGCACCCGGAUGUAUAAGCUGGUGCCCAACGCAGAGCCAUCUCUGCUCAGCUCCUUCAGUGGGGAUCGGCGCUUCUCUCGGUUUGGUGGAGUUCUGCACUUGACUGACCUGGAUAAUGAUGGCUUAGAUGAAGUCAUCGUGACAGCCCCACUGAGGAUAACAGACAUGACCUCAGGACUGCUCGGCGGGGAGGAUGGCCGCGUGUACAUAUACAAUGGGAAACGGAUCACUGUUGGAGACAUGACGGGCAAAUGCAGUUCGUGGCUCUCGCCGUGUCCAGAAGAGAAGGCCCAAUAUGUAUUGAUUUCUCCUGAAGCAAGUUCCAGGUUCGGGAGCUCCCUGGUCACCGUGCGAUCCCACGCAAAGAAUCAAGUUGUCAUUGCUGCUGGGAGGAGCUCUUUGGGAGCCCGGCUCUCUGGAGCAAUUCACGUCUACAACUUGGGCCCAGACUGAAGACUUUGCGCCGUUUCUGCCCACGCCCAGCUUGUGAUCUCCACUCCGUGAGGCAUCUCCAUGGUGGGAGUUCUGGUGGACGGUGUGGCAUCCAGUGGAGCUGUGGUAGAUUGUUCUAAGAGGUGGCAGUUCCUGGGAGUGGACACACACCAGCAACUGGACACUAUGGGGCUGUAGCUGUAUGAUGGCACCAGGAGCAUGUGGAAUAUACCUUGUCUUCCUUCCU